UGGUGGAAUGGUACAAAGACGGCGAGCGCGUGGAGACGGACCGAGAAGACCCCCGGUCCCACAGGAUGCUUCUGCCCAGCGGCUCCCUCUUCUUCCUGAGGAUCGUGCACGGGAGGCGGAGCAAACCGGACGAAGGCGUGUACGUGUGCGUGGCGAGGAACUACCUGGGCGAGGCGGUCAGUCGCAAUGCGUCGCUGGAGGUGGCAAUUCUGAGAGACGAUUUCCGUCAGACACCCAGUGACGUGGUGGUAGCAGCAGGCGAGCCGGCCGUCAUGGAGUGUAUCCCCCCGAGAGGCCACCCUGAGCCCACCAUCUCCUGGAAGAGAAACAACAUCCGGGUCAAUGACCGAGAUGAGAGGAUCACUAUGCGAGGAGGCAAGUUGAUGAUCUCAAACACCAGGAAAAGUGAUGCUGGCAUGUAUGUGUGUGUUGGAACCAACAUGGUGGGAGAGAAAGACAGUGAUCCCGCUGAACUGGUGGUGUUUGAGAGGCCGGUCUUCAUCAAACAGCCGGUGAACCAGGUGGUGUUAGCAGACGACACGGUGGACUUCUUUUGUGAGGUGCACGGGGACCCAACUCCGACUGUCCGCUGGCGGAGAGAUGAGGGAGAGCUGCCCCGUGGCAGAUUUGAGAUCCGCAGUGACAACAGCCUGCGUCUGACCCAGGUGAGAGGUGAAGAUGAGGGCACUUACACCUGCGUGUCAGAGAACAGCGUGGGCAAAGCCGAGGCGUCGGGGACCCUGCAAGUGCACGUCGGCCCAUCCAUACCCCCUCAGAUCGUAGUUCGGCCGAGAGACCAGAUCACAGCUCCAGGUCGCACCGUGACCUUCCUCUGUGGAACCAAAGGAAACCCCCCGCCCGCCGUCUUCUGGCAGAGAGAAGGCAGCCAGAUCCUGCUGUUCCCCAUCCAGGAGCCGUCUCAGUCGGGUCGCUUCUCCGUGUCGCUGAGCGGCGAGCUGACCAUCUCAGACGUCCAGGUGGAAGACUCGGGCUACUACAUCUGUCAGGCCAUCAGCGUGGCCGGCAGCAUCCUGACCAAAGCCCUGCUGGAGGUGGAGAGUGCACCAUCAGAUCGCGUCCCGCCCAUCAUCCGCCAGGGACCAGCCAAUCACACAUUAGCUCCUGGAUCCACCACUCAGUUACACUGCCACAUCAUGGGAAACCCCAUUCCCAGCAUCCAGUGGGAGAAAGACGGGCAGAGGAUUCUGGGAAACGAUGGUCGAAUCAGCCUGAUGGACAACGGCACAUUUCAAAUCACCAACCUCCAGGAAACGGACUCUGGAGUUUACACCUGCGUGGCUUCCAGCUCCAGUGGAGAGACGAGUUGGAGUGGAGUGCUCACCGUUAAAGACAGUGCAGACUCGUCGGCAGCUCAGACCACAGAGCCCUUCCAGCUGCCAGGUCCUCCACACAAACCCAUCGUCACAGAUGUGUCCAAGAACAGCGUCUCUCUGACCUGGCAACCCAACGCACACGAGGGAGGAGCCGCCGUCACCUCCUACAUCAUCGAGGCCUUCAGCCAAUCAGCAGGCAGCACGUGGCAGACUGUAGCCGACAUGGUCAAGAUAGAAACUCACACCAUCACCGGCCUCCUCCCCAACACCAUCUACCUUUUCAUCGUCCGGGCUGUCAACGCCUAUGGCCUGAGCGACCCGAGCCCCAUCUCUGAGCCUGUCAGAACGCAAGACGUGAGUCCUACAGGUCAGGGAGUAGACCACAGGCAGGUGCAGAGGGAGCUGGCAGAGGUGGCCGUGCAGCUGCAGGAGCCCGUCACGCUCACAACAGCGUCCAUCCGAGUGUCCUGGACUGUGGACCGUCAGUCUCAGUACGUGCAGGGCUACCGGCUCUUCUACAGACCCAGCGGAGCGAACUGGCUCCUGCAGGACAUCAACUCCCCCUCCGAGCGCAGCACCGUCCUCACCAGCCUGCUCAAGGGCACUGAGUACGAGAUGAAGAUCCGUCCCUACUUUGAUGAAUUCCAGGGCAAAGACAGCCGGACGCUGCUGGUUAGAACUCCGGAAGAAGUCCCCAGCGCCCCACCCAGAGGUGUCACAGUGGCAACGGUGAAGCUCAGCAACAGCUCCAGCAUCAGCGUCUCGUGGGAACCUCCGCCCAGCGAGAUGCAGAACGGCAUCAUCCAGGAGUACAGGGUUUGGUGUGUGGGCAGCGGAGGCGGAGACAACCAGACGAGAAACUUCAUCAACAAGACGGUGGACGGGAUCACGUUGUCCACGAUGCUGAAAGGUCUGAUGCCCGGGGUGCUCUAUCAGGUGGAGGUCGCAGCGGUGACCAGCGCUGGCGUCGGCACUCACAGCCAGCCGGUGUCUGUCCUCUUCAAGUUACCAGCUGAACAGCCCUCUGUGUCAGGCGGCGGUGGCACCGGUGACAGCGGCGAGGAGAGCAGCGUGAGCCUGGCCGAGCAGAUCACCGACGUCGUCAAGCAGCCGGCGUUCAUCGCGGGCAUCGGCGGAGCCUGCUGGGUCAUCCUCAUGGGCUUCAGCGUGUGGAUCUACUGCCGCCGCAAGAAGAGGAAGGAGCUGAGCCACUACACGGCCUCCUUCGCCUACACGCCGGCAGUUGGUUUCCCUCAUGGAGAGGCAUCAGGACUCAAUGGAAGGCCGGGCGUGCUGGGAGGCAACAUGGGCAACUACCCGUGGCUGGCCGACUCUUGGCCUACCACCAACCUGGUCCACAGCGGCAAAGAGGCCGUCAACUGCUGCAGCACCAACCACAGCACCGCUGAGAGAUACUACAAUGAGGCUGGCAUUUCCAACUACCUGAAUCAGACGGAGAAGUACAGCAUCGGAGGCUCCACCGAAGGGCCGAUCUACAGCACCAUCGACGCCACCAGUGAGGACCUGCACAGCUUCACCUACGCCCAACACAACUCCACCACCCCGUACGCCUCCACCUCCAUCAUGCCCUACAACAACCAGACACAGACGUCGGCCCACAGCGGAGAGCAGCAGGACGACGGCCACUGGAUCAUGCAGCCGGGACCCUCCGGAGCUCAGUACGCCCAGCCGGACCGCUGCAAUGGUAAGCCGAAGCAGAAGGCGAUGGGGAAAGCUGUGAAGACCCCGUCUCUGACUUGGAUGGAGUCGUUGCCCCCUCCUCCUCCCAUCGGAGAGCUGGAGCCGUGUGAGCAGGACGAGCUGCCCCCUGAGCACGAGGACAUGGACAUAGGCUCCGAUGAGGAGUGGUGCCCCCCCCUCCCAGAGAGGACCUAUCUGAUGGAGGGCUGCGAGGACGGACCCCCUCCGCCUCAGAGGAACAACGCCUCCUCUCCGGCCACUUCUUACAGUCACCAGUCCACCGCCACACUCACCCCCUCGCCCCACGAGGAGACCCGAGCCCCCCACGACCUCCCCCGCCUCAACCAGCUCGACAGCCAGCAGCUGUCACGAAGGUUACCCUGCGGUCCGGUGCCAGUUCCCCAGGCGCCAAGCCCGACGCUCACCCAGUCCAACCCCAACCUCUCGGGCCAACAGCAUCACGGCUCAUCAGAGGCUGGCACGCUGCAGUGCCAAAGUCCCGCUCAGCGCUGCCUCAACGGCCCGGGGCCAGCACUGAAUGAAGACAACGUCAGCAUCAACACACCGGUCCACAGUCGCUCUCCAGCAGAUUCAUGCACUCCUCCAAACCAGAAAUCACGAGUGAAGAAAAAGGUGUCCAAGACGUCCGCUUACAGAAGAGAUAUACAAGGAGACCUGCCCCCACCUCCGGAGCCCCCCCCAGAGGAGGACAGGUUGCGGGGCCUUCAGGGGAGUGUCGAGGGCAGUAAAGUGGUGAACGGAGCCGUGUCCUCCCUGGAGAGGAGCGAGUACAGCAGCAGCAGCCACCAGCGCAAAGGAUCGGGACAGAGACACACAGACAAUGAGGACGUGGUGGCGUACAGCAGCACUAAGGCCGGGUACCUCUCCAGGAGUCAGAUGUCCAGUAACUGCUCGACCACAGGAAGCUCCUCCUCCAGAGGCUCGACGGGCUCCCGAGGGCUCAACUCAGCCAGAAAACACAGCGAGGAAAUGAGAUAAGGACACGUGUGACUGUGUGCCUGGGCUGCCUCCAUCAUCCUCCAUCCUCCCACUGUGGACACAAUAAGCUGGACAAGAAGAGUUUGGACUCAAUGCUGUGAAUGAAAGAAUGACGGACUCUCCAUCUUGUUUUUUGGUAUUACUCUGAUUAUUUAUGAGCUCUCCUUGAUUUGUAAAUACCUGUGUCUGUACUGUUCUUUUGUGGAUACGGGGAAAGAGACGUAUAUUGUAUUUAUGAGGAUAAAAACGAAAACAGUGUAGAAAAAAAACUGUUAUUAUAAAAAAAAACGCUCAUGUCUUCUUGAAUGUGCCAACCUUUUUUUUUUUGUCAAAAUGUAUACGCAUUAACUACUGUUGCACUCUCUUGUUGUGAUGGAAAAACAACAGAAAAAAACGAAGCACAAAGUGUGUUUGCUGGUCGGAAAAGCCAAAACGAGCGGGUUCCUCCUGCGCCCAUGUAGUCCGCUAAGAAUGUCAAACUUUUUCUAUGUUCCUCUGGUUUCUCUGCAGCAGAAAGUUCCCUGUGUGCCAGCAGACUGACAGGCUUUAUGAAAGUUUGAUUGUAACCCCCCUCCCCCCCGGUCCUCUCUCUCCUCGUUCUUCUGAGGAACUUUUUGCUGCAGCUGUGAGAUAGAAUUUGCAUAUACUCCUUCCAAAACAAACAAAAAAAAAUGUCUGUGGACUGACCUUUUUGUACUCUUGUUGUUUUGUAA